CACACCCACACCGACUGUCUCUCCCACAACCAUUACCACCCAACAUGUCCACAAUCACAGCUCCCACAGGUCCCACACCAAAUCCCACAAACGGACCUUCGCCCGAACAACUCGAAACCGCCUUUGACCACAGCAUCUGGUACCUCCUCUCCCUCUGGCACCCGCUCCACGUCGCCGUCACCAACCUCUGGGGCGGUCCCUCGUCUCCAGACAAACGCGACUGGUUCGCCGGCGCCAUCUCCGACCUCCUCACGACCUCCACCCCCGACGCCGAAGAACUGGAAUGCGUCCUGCUACAGAUCAUGCAGGAUGAGUUCGACUGUAAUGUGGAAGACGAGAGUGAGGUGCAAGUCGCGAGGGAUAUCUUAGCGGUGAAGAAGAGGUUGGUGGAGGAGAGGACGUUGGAUGCGGCGAGGGAGGUGGAGAUGAGGUAUAGAGGACGCGGGCAGAUGAAGGGGAGUGUGGCGCUGGUGGAGGUGAAUCAAGAGGCUGAGGACGAUGGGACGGAAUGGAAUGGAUUUGAAGAGGAGGAUGGCGACGAGGAUGAGGAGAUGGGUGGAGUGCCGUUGCUUGUUCCUGCUGCUGCGCCGAAGGAAAAGCCCGUGCCGGAGGUGGACAAUGAUGGGUUUACCAAGGUGCCGAUUAAGAAAAGAGGUGGACGAUGA